AUGAUACCAUGCGAUAAGAUCCCGUGGACAGCGCUGGCUAAAAAACAUAAGGUUGUGCGCUCAACCCUGUCUCAAAAAUAUCGACACGAGACGCGAUCGCGUGAAGAGAAGGCGAUUGCACAACAAAAGCUCACUCCACAACAGGAGGACGAGCUUGUCAAGUAUAUAGAGGAGCUUACAGCUCGCCGUCUACCUCCUACAAGGGAAAUGAUAGCAAAUUUCACAUCGUCAAUAGCCACAGAGCCAGUCAGCGAGAGCUGGGUUACCCGCUUCAUCAACAACCACUCGAUC